GGGGCUUGCCCAGCGCGUGCGCACUGCGGUUCUGCGCUUGUCAUCAUGGCGACGCGGGGCCAUGUGCAGGAUCCUAACGACCGGCGCCUCCGGCCCAUUUACGAUUAUCUUGAUAAUGGGAAUAAUAAAAUGGCAAUUCAGCAAGCUGAUAAACUGUUGAAGAAACACAAAGAUCUUCACUGUGCGAAGGAUUUUAUCUUAUGGAAGCAAAACCCAAUCUUGCUUGUCUUCCUCUUAGCGGAGUUAGUCACAAAGCUUUAUGAGGCGGCUGUGAAGAAAGUUCCCAACAGCGAGGAGUAUCACUCUCACCUCUUCAUGGCCUACGCCAGAGUGGGCGAGUACAAGAAGAUGCAGCAGGCUGGCAUGGCUCUGUAUAAGAUUGUCCCCAAAAACCCUUACUACUUUUGGUCUGUGAUGAGCUUAAUCAUGCAAUCUAUAUCCGCACGAGAUGAAAAUCUCUCAAAAACCAUGUUUUUGCCCCUGGCAGAAAGGAUGGUAGAAAAAAUGGUGAAAGAGGACAAGAUAGAAGCUGAAGCUGAAGUUGAACUUUAUUAUAUGAUCCUGGAACGCUUGGGGAAGUACCAGGAAGCCCUGGAUGUCAUUAGAGGGAAAUUAGGAGAUAAGUUGACAAGUGAGAUUCAGAGUCGGGAAAACAAAUGCAUGGCCAUGUACAAGAAGCUGAGCAGGUGGCCAGAGUGCAAUGCCCUUUCCCGACGCCUCCUGUUGAAAAACUCAGAUGACUGGCAGUUCUAUCUGACUUAUUUCGAUUCUGUCUUUCGACUGAUUGAAGAGGCCUGGACACCUCCUGCUGAAGGGGAACACUCCUUAGAAGGGGAAGUACACUGCUCUGCAGAAGAUGCUGUGAAGUUUAUAGAGGAUCGGAUAAUGGAGGCAUCACAAAAUGCCAGGCAUGUCCGAGGCCCACACCUUGCUAAGUUGGAGCUCAUCAGGCGCCUGCGAAGCCAAGGUUGUAAUGACGAGUACAAACUGGGUGACCCAGAAGAGUUAAUGUUCCAGUAUUUCAAGAAGUUUGGGGAUAAGCCAUGUUGCUUCACAGACCUGAAGGUGUUUGUUGACCUCUUGCCUGCUGCCCAAUGCACACAAUUCAUUAAUCAGCUUCUUGGAGUUGUUCCGUUGUCAACACCAACAGAGGACAAACUUGCCCUGCCAGGUGACAUCCGUGCCCUGCAGCAGCAUCUGUGUGUCGUGCAGCUGACAAGGCUCCUUGGCUUGUACCACAUCAUGGAUAAGAACCAGAAGCUGGGUGUGGUCAGAGAGUUGAUGUUAAGGUACCAACACGGACUGGAGUUUGGGCGCUCUUGUUUGAAGACAGAGUUGCAGUUCUCUGAUUAUUACUGCCUCCUCGCUGUCCAUGUGCUCACUGAUAUAUGGAGAGAAGCAGGUGAGGAGACUGCUGUGUGGCAGGCCCUGACUCUGCUAGAAGAAGGCUUAACCCAUAGCCCAUCCAAUGCUCAGUUCAAAUUGCUGCUUGUUCGAAUCUACUGCAUGCUGGGUGCAUUUGAGCCAGUGGUGGAUCUUUACUCCAGCCUUGAUGCUAAGCAUAUCCAGCACGACACCAUUGGCUAUCUUCUGACCCGAUACGCUGCAUCCUUGGGUCAGUACGCUGCUGCCUCCCAGUCCUGUAACUUCGCACUCAGGUUUUUCCACUCCAACCAGAAAGAUACCUCAGAAUACAUUAUUCAAGCUUACAAAUACGGUGCAUUUGAGAAGAUUCCAGAGUUUAUCGCUUUUAGGAACAGGCUGAAUAAUUCUCUCCACUUUGCACAAGUGCGCACUGAACGGAUGCUCUUAGACCUUCUUCUUGAAGCAAACAUAUCAACUAGCUUGGCAGAAAGUAUCAAAUCGAUGAACCUGAGGCCAGAGGAAGAUGAUGUUCCAUGGGAAGAUUUGCGAGACAACAGAGACUUGGAUGUUUUCUUUAGCUGGGAUCCAAAGGACAGGAAUGUUUCUGAAGAGCAUAAGAAACUCUCCUUGGAGGAGGAGACCAUGUGGUUAAGAAUUCGCACCUUAACGUUGAGACUGAUCAGUGGACUUCCAAAUCUUACCCACCCUGUGGAGCCAAAGAACUCAGAGAAGACCUCGGAGAAUGGUGUAUCCUCCCGGAUUGACAUUCUUCGUUUGCUCCUCCAACAGCUAGAAGUGGCCGUGGAGACGGGGAAGCGGUUUAUUGAGAAGGAAAUUCAGUAUCCUUUCCUUGGGCCUGUCCCCACCAGGAUGGGCAGGUUCUUUAGUUCUGGCUGCUGUCAGUGCCUGGUCCGCUCCUUUCACCUUGUCAAUGAUGUCUAUGAGCUCGAUACCAGUGGUUUAGAGGGUACACUGGAUAUACAGGAACGUAUAGAAAAUGGUCUUGCAGCUUUACUAGAACUAUUGAAAGGUGUCUUCAGCACGUGUAAAGGCGAGCUCUUAGAAGUUAAAGAUGGCAAUGUGAAGACACAGCCUGCUGUCCUAGAGAAUCUGGUCUUCUUUGUCGAGACAAUCUCUAUCAUCCUUUGGGUAUCCAGUUACUGUGAGAGUGUCCUGCGACCAUACAAAUUAAAUAUACAGAAAAAGAAAAAGAAGAAAAAAGAGACCAGCAUCGUCAUGCCUCCAGUCUUCACCAGUUUCCAAGAGUAUGUUACUGGACUUCAGACUUUAAUUUCCAACGUUGUGGAUCAUAUUAAAGGACUUGAAGCAAAUCUAAUUGCACUUAAACUUGAGGAACUCACAUUAGAAGAUACUUCUAUCUCUCCGGAAGAAAGAAAAUUUUCAAAGACUGUGCAGGGUAAAGUGCAGAGCAGUUACCUGCACUCACUUCUGGAAAUUGGGGAGCUGCUGAGAAAAAGACUUGAGACCACAAAGAAACUAAAAAUUUAAGGACGUAUGAACCACGGGCACUGAAGACGCUACAGCAGAAGAUGACACACCACCUUCCCCGGCAACAGCAACAUCUGCUGGCCAUUGUUUUCAUCCAGAUCUUCCUCACAUGCAUGAAGGACUUUGAUCGUGAAUUAAUUUUUGAGGUAUUAAAAAUAUACAACUGAUUAUAAAUUAUUGUAUAUAAACCAGAAGCAGGACCCACAUCUGGGUUUACCACUCUUUAUACCUGUUCAUGUAUACAGGACAGCAACAAGAGAACCCUACUUCCUUCCCAUCACCAGAAAUGUUUUUGGUGGGGUUUCUAUACAAGCAGCAAUAGAAAUAAGUACAAAGCAUUGACCUCAAAGCAGGUGAUUUCUCUGUUAUGCAGUGGAAGUUUGGAUUUGGUACUGAGUCACAGGAGGCAAAAAGCAGAUGCAGGAGCAGACAUAGGAGCAGGACUCUUUCGUGGCAGCAGGUUCCUUAUGAGGCUCCCACAGAACCAGGGUGGGUUCACAGAGGGUCAGGUGAGAUGUAAUGUGAGAACAUGCUGCUGCAGGGCACCACACAUGACCACAGGUGCUCAGUUUUGGCCUCAUAGUCCUGAGAGCCAAAACGUCUCUAGCCCCGCUCCUGGGAGAGU